AUGGCAGAGAUUUCAGGAGCCAGCGGUAAUCAUGGUGUCGUGAUGAACAUAAUAAAAGGUGAUCCUAAUGACCACAAAGAUGACUCCAGCUGCUUCGUCUCUGUUCCUUUCGUCCAAAAGUUGAUAGCGGAGGUGUUGGGGACAUACUUCUUAGUAUUCGCGGGUUGCGCCGCUGUUGUGGUGAACAAAGACAGCGGCAAAAUGGUAACUUUCCCCGGAAUAGCAAUAGCGUGGGGGCUGGCGAUGAUGGUCAUGGUCUACUCUGUCGGCCACAUCUCCGGCGCCCACUUCAACCCUGCCGUCACCAUUGCUUUUGCUACCUGCAAGAGGUUCCCCUGGAAACAGGUGCCAGCGUACAUAAUAGCCCAAGUCCUCGGAUCAACCCUGGCGAGCGGAACCCUCCGUCUAAUUUUCAACGGGGAUCAAGAUUACUUUGCCGGGACAAGUCCGGCAGGGUCCGACAUGCAAUCUUUUGUUUUAGAAUUCAUAAUCACCUUCUACCUCAUGUUUGUCAUAUCCGGCGUUGCUACUGACAACAGAGCUGUUUGUUCUAAACCUUCCAUCUGA